AUGAUUUCAACACUAAAAUCAUGGUUCACAGCUAAUAAACCUGAGAUGGCUAAUGAUCAUUCCAAUAGAUUAGGAUACUUUAAAAUUUUAAGUCUAACAGAUGAAGAAUUAAUUGAAACGUUAUGCUUGGAACCAAUAUAUAAAGAAUUUGAUCCAAAUUGCAGUAACACAUUCCUUGAUUGCCAGUCUGAUCGAUUUCUUGCUGCUCUAUUUGACCCAGGAACUUCUUUUGAUUUCAAAUCAAAUGAAAUUUUUCACAUUGUUGAGCCUCAAUACGUUGAAUAUAAACAAUUUGCUGUUAAAUUGAAAUUGAGAGAUCACCCUACAAAUACAUUAAAUGAGAAUGAUAUUAAGGAUAUUAGAGAAUAUCUUGAUGCAUAUGGCUCAAAGCAUGGUUUCAUUGUAUUGAUGAGACCUGAUUUGAACAUUUUACAAGUUUUAAAUUAUUUAAAUGAAACUAAUACUUUAAAAUCUGAUAGAGAAAUUGAUGACUAUACUUCUAGAAUCAACAGUGAAAGAUUACCAAAAUUUCUUAUAGCCAUUCAAGCUACUCAAUAUUUAAGAAUUUUUUGUAAAUUAAUGAAUUUCUAUUCAAAUUCAUUAGAAACUAGGACAAAUUAUACUUCACCACAGGAACUAGUUGCAAAAGUUAUCCAAAGACAAAAAUCAAAUAUUGAAGGAACAAUCCCGCAUCGUAACUGUGUCUAUUUUUUCACAAGCAAUAUAGAAUACAAGAGUUUUUUCUCAAGCACGAAAAUUAGACAUGUUAUAAAUGAUGAUUUCCUCAAGAGUUACUCAGAUAUCAAGAUUGAUUUUGAUAAUCCUCAUUUUUAUGACGAUACGUAUUUCACGAUAUAUGAUAUGGAAUGUGGAAAUGAAGAGAUAAAUGUGAGAAACAAUCAAAGGCUGGAAUCAGCACCACCAGAAUAUUCAGAAUAUUGA